AUGACCGGCGACCUCCCAGGCGACCUCCUUGGGGACAUCUACCGCCGGUGCUCCUCCCCCUAUGACCGUGUCCGCUUCGCCGCUGUCUGCAAAUCGUGGCGCGCCGCCGCGUCAUGCCAGCCAGAGCUGCCGGCGGUGCCGCUGCUGUACCCUUCAACGGGCGACGGCUUUCUUGACAAGAAAGCGCAAGCAUACAACCCUGAGGACGGCGGGGUGCUGCGUGCCGGGCUCCCAUGGUUCUCAUACGGCAAGCGGGUCGUCGGGUCCUACCAAGGCAGCUGGGUCGCCCUGGCAGCGGACGACUGGGUCGAGAUCAGAAACCUCUUUACCGGUGCCCGGGCGCCGGGGAAAGGACGCAUCGCCUGCACAUGUCCAGCUUCUCCGCAAUUCACCGGCAAAAUAAUCAUUACAAAGCUCGUGUUCUCGAAAUACCCUACCUCGGACGACUGCAUCCUCGCAGCCAUAACCACAGGUUGCAAGAUAGCGCUCCGCACGCUUGCCUGCUCUAGCGCUGGGUGGACGACGCUAGGAUGUGGCACGGGCAUGAGGCUCGUAGAUAUCGCCUUCUCCAACGGUGAGCUCUAUGGCCUCACGAGUGAUGGCAUGUUAUACAAGGCCGUCAUUAGCAUCAACGAGAGUAAUGAUAAGGUGGACAUCGCUCUCCACAAACUGGAAAUCAAAAUACCUAUGAUGUUUGGUGCACGGUACAUCUUCGAGCUGGGCGACAAGCUCGCAGCAGCCUAUGAGGUUAGACCGGAAGGCAGGUGGAAGGCUCGAACUUUUAAGGUGUUCGAGCUCGUCAACGCACAGCUAUCCAAAUACACAUGGGUAGAGGUGAUGAGCUUGGGCGACCACGCCUUGUUCCUGGGGCCAGGCUGUUGCAAGGCGGUGUGCGUGUCAGCUUCGGUUUGUCUAUCCAUGCAUGUACCGCGCGCGUGA